AUGACUUCAAGAGAGGAGCAUAGCAAGAUUAUUUUUGGAGACAAGGCAUUCAUCAAUGGAGUUCAAACUAUUGAGGUUGGCGAAGCAGUUGCUGGUGAGACCAAGGCCAGAAGAAACACCAAGUUCCCAAACAUGAUUGCCAAGCCAGAUGAGAACACAAACACUCUUUAUGAUCUCUAUCAACGUCACAAGGAUUCUGAUAGACCAAUGUUGGGAAUUCGUCCAUUGCAAGCUGAUAAGAAGCGUGGCCCAUACGGCUGGAUCACCUACAAGGAUGCCAACGCAAGAGCCAACAACAUUGGUUCGGGUAUCAUGCACCUCGGCCUGCAGAAGGGCGACCGCAUCGGUAUCUUCUCCAUCAACAGACCAGAGUGGGUUCUUUCGGAUAUGGCCGGCACCAACCACGGUCUCGUCCCAGUGGCCCUCUACGCCACACUCGGACCAAACGCCAUCGAGUACAUCAUCAACCACUCUGAGAUCAGACUGGUUCUGUGCGAGGGCAAGAACAUUGACAAGAUGCUCCAAAUGACCGCAGCUGAGACUCUGACUACCAUUGUCAGCUACGACGCGCCAUCCGAGGCCACCGCCGCCAAGCUCAGAGACUCAAAGCUCAAGUUCUACACUCUGGCCCAGCUCGAGGAGCUCGGUGCCGCCAACCCCGCCCCACACACUCCAUCCUCGCCCGAUGACACUUGUACUAUACUCUACACCUCUGGUUCCACUGGCAACCCAAAGGGUGUGAUCCUCUCCAACACCAACAUGGUGUCUGAGGUCGCCGGCGCUUACUUCUCCCCAGCAGGUCUUACAGAGGAGGACGUCCACAUGUCCUACUUGCCACUGGCUCACUCCUUUGAGCGUGCCGUCGUGUCGAUGGUUGCCUACGUCGGUGGCCAGAUCGGUUUCUACAGUGGUCAGGUGCCCGAGCUCUUUGACGACAUUCAGGUGUUGAGACCCACCUUCCUGGUCGGUGCUCCACGUGUCUGGCAGAAGCUGCACGACAAGAUGUGGCUCAAGAUCAACUCUGAGUCAUGGUUGAAGAGAACCCUGUUCAACUGGGGUCUCAACUCCAAGCAGGCCACCAUCAAGAGUGGAGGCAGCGCUCCAGUCUGGGACUGGUUGGUCUUCUCCAAGACCCAACAGAGACUCGGUGGUCGUGUCAAGUUCAUCCUGUCUGGUUCUGCCCCAUUGGACCCAAAGCUUGCCGAGUUCUUGAUUGCAUGCUUCUGCUGCCCAGUCGUCCAGGGUUACGGUCUCACUGAGAAUGUCGGUGGUGCCGCCGUUGCCUACCCAGAGGACCCACGCAUUGGUCACGUCGGACCACCCCUUUGCUGCACUGAGUUCAAGCUGGUCGAUGUGCCCGAGAUGAACUACUUCUCCACUGACAAGCCAAACCCAAGAGGAGAGAUCUGUAUACGUGGUCACAACGUCUUCAAGGGCUACUACAAGGACCCAGAGAAGACUGCUGAGGACUUAAAGGCAGACGGUUGGUUCCACACUGGUGACAUUGGUCGUUGGAACGAGCACGGCACCCUCUCAAUCAUUGACCGCAAGAAGAACAUCUUCAAGCUGUCACAGGGUGAGUACGUCGCCGCCGAGUACCUCGAGGCCAUCUUUGUCCGCUCGCCACUGGCCGCUCAGGUCUUUGUCUAUGGAGACUCGCUCAACAGUUUCUUGGUCGGUGUCGUCGUACCAGACUUUGACGUCGUCGAGAAGCUCUUUGAGCAAAAGUACUCGCACAUCAACAACAAGGACCAGCAGGCUCUCGUCAAGACCAAGGAGUUGUACAAAGAGAUCAUGGACUCAUUCGAUGCAUGCGCCAAGGAGGCCAACCUGCAGGGCUUUGAGAAGAUGAAGCACAUUCACGUCGAGCACGAGGCCUUCUCCGAGGAGAACAAUCUGUUGACACCAUCGUUCAAGCCACGUCGUCCACAACUCAAGGAGAGAUACCAGGACACCAUUGCCACACUCUACGCCGAGUUCAAGCGUGACCAUCCAGAGAUGUAA